GGGGGGAAGAAAGAAGGAAAAAAAUAUUCAGACAAAUAAAACCCCAGAUCCCUCUUGUCCCUGAUCGAUCCCACCGUCUUCUUCUUUUGUAUAUUCAAUCUCUGUAAAUAUCAUUCACUCAUAGUUUUUACUUAUAUAGAUCCAAUCCACACAUUCUAUUGUACAUCACGAUUGUGAAAUGAUGCAACUCAAAACCCUAACCCUAGAUCCACCACCUGGGCUGAUCUUCCCGUGCCUCAACCCUCCAAACAAGACCCUCAAAUUUCACCGAUUCCUAGUACUUAUUCUGACCUUCACCGCCUACGCGGCCUUCCAUGCCUCUCGUAAACCCCCCAGCAUUGUUAAAUCUGUGCUCACCUCUCCCACCCCCGAAUUCCUCAAUGCCACCAUAAGCAAUGGUACCACGGCAUCAAAUUCUGAUAAGGGUUCAUUUCAGUUCUCCAGAAAUCCACUUCAGAACGACACAGGAUGGGCACCGUUCAAUGGACCUGAUGGACCUCACCGUCUUGGGGAGCUUGAUCUCUCGUUUCUAUUGGCCUAUUCCAUCGGCAUGUAUUUCUCUGGCCACAUAGGUGAUACCAUUGAUUUGAGGAUUUUCUUGACAAUCGGGAUGCUGGGUAGUGGCAUUUUUGUAAUAUUUUUUGGGUUGGGGUAUUUUCUUGAUUUGCAUUCUCUCUGGUUUUAUGUUACCAUACAGGUUCUGUGUGGGUUGUUUCAGUCUGUGGGGUGGCCUUGCGUGGUGGCAGUGGUGGGCAACUGGUUUGAGAAGGCGAAACGAGGGUUGAUCAUGGGGGUAUGGAAUUCUCAUACCUCCGUGGGAAACAUCAUGGGGUCUCUAAUUGCUUCCUCGGUAUUGGGGUUUGGAUGGGGAUGGUCCUUUAUGCUGCCUGGUAUUUUCAUUGUGAUGGUGGCUUUUCUUAUUUACUUGUUUCUUGUCGUGAAUCCAGAAAACAUUGGGUUUGAGUUAUCAGGGGAGGAGGUUGAGAUGAGUGUUGAAGGAGUGGCUCUAGUGGAUUCAGAAAUAAAUGAUACAGAGGAAUCAAUGGAAUAUGAGGAUGUGGAGAGUUCAGUUGCCAUAGGAUUCCUUGAGGCAUGGAGGUUACCUGACGUGGCAUCUUUUGCAUUCUGCUUGUUCUUCUCUAAGCUCGUGGCAUAUACAUUUUUAUAUUGGCUGCCGUUCUACAUAAGACAUACUGCUGUUGCAGGUGUGCAUCUGUCACAUAAAACUGCUGGGAUCCUCUCAACAAUUUUCGAUAUUGGAGGAGUCUUCGGUGGGAUUUUGGCAGGAUUCAUAUCCGAUAUGAUUGAUGCUCGAGCUGUCACUUCAGUUAUAUUUUUGUUUCUCUCAAUUCCAGCUCUUCUUUUGUAUCGAAUAUAUGGCAGUGUGUCAAUGUUCGUCAAUAUUGCAUUAAUGUUUGCUUCUGGUUUACUGGUAAAUGGACCGUAUUCCCUAAUUACCACUGCAGUUGCAACUGAUCUUGGUACAAAGACCUUGAUAAAAGGAAAUUCUCGUGCAUUAGCUACUGUCACUGCAAUUAUAGAUGGUACUGGUUCUGUAGGUGCUGCUCUUGGACCUCUUUUGGUUGGAUAUAUUUCUACUAGAGGAUGGAACAGUGUAUUUUUCAUGCUUAUUAUUUCAAUAUCCUUUGCGGGGUUCCUGUUGAUUCAUGUUGUGAAAAAGGAGGUUAAAGAAAAGCUGAAUGAUGGAAAAUGGCUUUGGUGCAGCAUACUCACCCAUUAAUAAUGGACUUCGUCAAGACCUUUUUGCUCACACAUUUACAUCUUGUUAUAGAACGACUUUUUCGUUGCUGAUAGGAUAAAAAUGGAUGAUCCAUGAGAGAUAAAAAUUCCGCUGCUGCUAUUUUUUACUAUUAGGAAGAGUAUUAGUCUAUACAUCAAACUGGAACUUGUCUGGGUUCCAUCCUCACAUGUAUUAUUAUUAUUAUUUUUUUUUUGUCAUAUUAGGAAAUCAUUUUGUAUACUAGCUUGCAGGAGAUAGGUCGGAAACAUUUAUUUUAGCACAAUUCACCUUUUCUACUGCUAUUUUUCAUUUACUAUUUGUACUUCAUUGAGCUUGUAGCUUGUAUUGAUUGAGCCUGUUGUAAAAUCUAGAAUACACAUAAAUCAUUUUUUCCUUUUAGAUGCCAUAUCCCAUGCCUGCCUUGGU